CUCCAUCCGUUUCUCAUAAUGUCAGUGCCUCUUGCAAGGGUCAGCCGUCAUGAAGUGCGCCUCGUGCCGUCACGGAUAUGCCGUCGGGCAGUCUUGAACAUCAGACAUAACUCAACCACAGCAGUCUCCGAGGCAGAACAACAGAACUUGUCCUGGUCAAAAUAUCUAGAGAUUCGCAAAAGUAAACGAAAAUGGGAAACUGCCGUUACCAUUCCGGCAUGUAUUCUCGGGUUGGUGGGAGGACUUGCAUACUUUGGUUCUCUAGAGUCAGACGCAACGAAGCCUAUCAUGGGGAUAGAUCCGUUGUUUUUCUACAGCGGUUGCACGGUCUCAUGCAUGGGACUCGGAUAUCUCAUUGGCCCUAGUAUCGGGGCUGCAGGCUGGAGAAUGACCCACCGUCGCACAAUGAACCUCAUAGAAGCUAAAGACCGGGAAUUUCACCGACACAUAGUGAAGAAUCGCGUAGAUCCCACAGCUCAAAGUGCCACGAACCCUGUGCCAGAUUUCUAUGGUGAAAAGAUUGGAUCUCUCCACCAAUAUCGACAAUGGUUGCGUGACCAAGCUAGGUUUAGACGGAAAGCACGAUUUGCGGAGGAAUGAGAUGUUCGUGUCCUAAGAUUGCUGAGUAACUUUGCACCUUACCCUCCAUAAUUGACAGUGUAUUUGGUAAAUCGUGUUUCAAUAGUAACUGACAGAUUUACCAUUGCUUCAUCCUCACCUCUCAGUCCCGACGAGUUUUGUUGCUCCGUAAACGAGUUACUGACCAUCGAAUAAAUUAAGGGUUACGCAAAAA